AUGGGGAUUACUAGUAAAAUAAUCCAAAGUGUUCCUAAUAGGAGCGUAGCUGAAACUCCCUUAGGAAUUGUCGGAGACAUUACUGUUUUAACUGACAUCAUUCUCGAAGUAACUACUAAAAUCACUGAAGUUUUAGACUUAGUUAAAGAAAAACCUUAUCCUUUUAGUGAAGGACAAAAUAUUUACCAGGCAUCUGGUAUUCGUCAAGAAUUUUUUGCUAGUCUUAAUUCAGAACAACUAAGAAACUUUUUAGAAAAGUUAGAUAAAGAUUUGGUAGAAUUUUAUCAGUCAUUUGAAAAGCAAAAGAAGCAAUUAACUGAACAAGAGUGGUUUAAAAUCAUUGAUCAGCAAACUGAUCUUUUACAAGAACAAAAAGUAGAGGCUCAAAUCCAAGUUAAUUCUAAUCCUAAGUAG